AUGUCUUGGCUUUCACCGAAGCGCAGGAAGACGACGGGUAAUCUACAGACCAAGGUGAAUGGUACCAACGGGCAAGGCAACGGACGAGCUGGCAGCGAUACCGAGGCGCCUCCUUCGCCAGCGACUACGAGGACUUCGGCAGGCGCAGAGCGGCCGCCCGUGACGCCAACGAGGAGACCAUUCAGCCAGCCGGCAAUCGAUCGCAACGAUACAUCGACGCAGGUAGAGAAAGAGCACGACGGGAAUUUGUUCUAUGCCUAUGCGCGAACAGGUAAUGACCUUCAAUCCCGCUACCUCCUAACCUUCGCCAGCGCCAGCAUAGCCAACGAAUGGUGGCAUCUCCUCCAGGCCAACUUCACCGAAACUUCCCGCCCUGGACCCCAACUCUUCUCCUUCGUCGACCCUCCCGACCUCCUCUCCAAAGCAUGGAAGCACCCAGCUUUCGCUCACCUGAAGAGCAAAUGGAUGUAUAUCUCCUUCAGCGAUACGCAAGACGGUGGACUAGGAGGCGCGGCGCAGGGAAUUAUCCCAGUGCAAGAUGCGCAGGGACAUAUGCUCAGUGGAUCUGCCCUUGCGCCUUCGAGUCCAGAAUUAGCGGGUGCUAUGGGUGAGAUGAAGAAGCAGAGUAAAGAGGUCGGGAAGGAGAUCACGAAGCUAGAGGAGUACUUUGUCAAGAUGAUGGAGGCGGUGGACAGGAAUACGGAACAAGUUGCUGCUCUAGCUGAGAGGCAGAUGACCAUGAGGCAGAGCGAGGAGAGUGAGAAGAGUGGUUACUUCGAAGGCACAGAGCUGUCAUCGCAUCUCAAUCGCGUCAAUGAGUUGUUGGAACGUCAUUCGGAGCACAUGGUGAACUUGAGCAAGCAGCAGAGCGAGAAUGACCGGAAACUAAGUAAUGCUAUGGCGGACAUGGCAGGCAGACAAAAGAACGACUACCUCGACAUGGCGCAGCUGUCUUCGCAUCUCGAUCGCAUACAGUCGCUUAUGGAGCAGGAUAGCACCGAGCGCAAGGACAAUGCCAAGUCUUCCGUCGAGCAGCAGGCGCGGCCUACGCAGAUUGAUUUCUCACCUCUGAUAGACAAACUUGAGAAAGUUCAGGAGGCUGUCGAGCAGAACUCCGCUCUUGUCAAAGCACUUUUGGAAGAAGGUUCCGCGCCGGAGUCGAAACCCGGGACGCCAUUCUGGGGUAAAGAUGCUGCAGCGCAGAUGACUGCCGCUCCUCCAACAAUGGAUUUGUCACCUUUGACGGAGCAUUUGCAGAUGAUCCAUCACGCUAUUGAGCAGCAGUCUUCGCAUAUGCAAGCACUUGUAGGAUUUGCGACAGGUGGCGGGGAUGAGGAGGUGCCGAACGAACUCGCUGGAACUGGUGCUGGUGGCAAUGGCGUUCCUGGUGGUGGGACCAGAGGUGGCGAUACAGCGGAGAAGAGCCUUGCGCCGCUUGGAGAGCAUUUAGAACAGAUUUAUAAUGCCAUUGAGGAAGGCAAUGCUUUCGCGCGGAGUACGGGAAGGAUCAGUCUGGAGCCGUUGAUCGAAAAGAUGGAGGAGAUGCGGGUGGCUGUUGGGUCGAACAAGUCAGAGCUCGAUCUGACGCCUUUAGCGGAGAAGAUGGAGGCGACGCGACAAGCUGUCCAGGACACCAAGUCCACGUUUGAUAUGUCUCCGCUGGCAAGUAAGUUCGAUGGUCUGAGCCAGCAGCUUGCCGAGCUUAUACACGGGUCGUCGAUGGCAAGUGAGCGCUUCGAGGUCUUGCUACAGCAUCAUGCGAAAUUCGAGAAUACUAUCCUCGACCCGCCUUCUUCGCCGCAGGACUUGCAGCCACUUGCAAAUAAGUUCGAUGGGUUGCAUGAGCAGCUUGCGAAGAUCGCUACAGCUUCUGAGCGCACGCACGAUCAGACGCGAGAGCUUGUUGGUGCCCAUGGACGGCUACACGAGGUCCUUGCUGAUAGCGGCCGGGACGGAAUCGACUUUUCACCAUUGACUGAACAGCUCAGUGAAGUUAACAGCCACCUUGUAGCUUUACGUGAAUGGGUCGAACAUGAUUCCGAGCAAUUGACCGAGCUUGUUGCUGCGCAGCAUGUGACCAAGGAGUUAUUGGAGAGCGGCGCUCAUGGCAACAACAGCGACUCUGGGUCGCUGAUCGAGCAUCUGCAAGCCAUGCGCACAGCCACCGAACAGAACUUAGAGCAUAUACGUGCUUUCACGGAGUCUCAGCAGAAGAUAUCGUCGACUCAAAUACCACCAUUGAAACCAGACAUCGACCUCACACCCUUGACUAACCGCCUCAACCGCAUCCAUAAAUCCAUCGAGCGCCAAGCUACGGAGCAAAAGCAAUAUCGUGACACAAGCCCAGGGACCGGCGAUGCCAAAUUCAUAAUGUCAGCGUUGACAUCGCAUCUGAGUAAGAUCCAGGCGGUGACGGAGGCGAAUGCGGCGCAUGUCAAAACUAUACGGGAGACGCAGAGUCAGACUGUCGAUAAGGUGCACACAGCUAUUGCUUCGACAUCCGAGGCUGUUGCAACGUUGACAAAGCAGACUGGUCAACGAGACCAGGACGUUGCUCGGCAGCGUAUGAGCACUACUCAACAGCUUGCAGACAGCAGGAAGACAAGCGACUCCCGCAUCGAAGCGCAAAAUGCGCAGAUUCGCGACCUCACUAAAGCGCAAAAGGAAAUCGUGGACGUGAUGCGGGAGCUUUCGAAGGGUUUGCUAACGCAGGCGAAAGUGAAGCCAGAUCAGGAUGUCUUGCCGCCUCCGAGGAAGGUUGGGAGGAAGAUCGUCGGGUUUGUCUAUGAGGGAAAGGAAGCGGCGAUUGCGGCUGGGAGUAGGAAGGGGAGUGUCAGUUUGGGUUCGGUUGGAACGGGUGUCAGGGGUGCCGUCAGGGAGAGUGUUGAGAGGGGCGAGGAUUAUUGGAGGGGUUUGUGA